AUGGGUAUAUUUUGCUUUUCAGUUGAACAAAUGGGAAUAAAAGAGUUUAUGCCAGCAUAUCUUGAUCCAUCCCUUGACGAUAAAGAGCUUCUAACUGGUGUAAGCUUUGCUUCUGGUGGCUCAGGAUUUGAUCCCCAAACUCCCAAGUUAUUGGGGGUUUUGUCAUUUACGGACCAGCUAGAACAAUUCAAGGAAUACAUUGAGAAGCUUAAGGGUAUGGUUGGGGAAGAAAGAACACAGUACAUAUUAGCAAAUAGCAUAUUCUUGGUUGUUGCAGGUAGCGACGAUCUUGCUAAUACUUACUUCACUAUCGGCAUAAGGAGACUACAAUAYGAUAUCGCCUCCUACAGUAAUCUAAUGGUAUCUUCAGCUUCCAACUUCAUAAAGGAUAUAUACAAACUUGGAGCAAGAAGAAUAGGGGUCUUCAAUGCAGCCCCAAUAGGGUGUUUGCCAUCACAAAGAACUCUUAGUGGCAAUGUGCAUGGAAYGUGUGCAGAAAAGUACAACAAAGCAGCACAGUUAUAUAACAGCAAGUUGCAGGCAGAACUUAAAUAUCUUCAUAGCACUCUCGAUGGAUCGAGGGUCGUCAAYAUUGACAUAUACAAGCCUUUGCUUGCGAUCAUCGAAAACCCUCAACAAUAUGGACUAGAAGUUGUGGAUAGAGGCUGUUGUGGCACAGGAAACAUAGAGGUUGCCAUUUUAUGCAACCGAUUGCUCCCAACAUGUCUUGAUGAUUCAAAAUACCUGUUCUGGGACAGUUAUCACCCUACAGAGAAAGGAUACAACAUCCUCAWAAAUGAAGUGGUAAAACGACAUGCUCAUGAGUUCUUUUGAGUUCAUAUGGAGGUUAACAARUAUUUGURAUGUAAAAAGUUUGUGUGCAAGCUCGUUUCUUGAUGUUUUGGAUACUUUUCGAAUGAUGUAUAUGUCAUGUAAACCCCCUUUUGUACCCAUUUCUUAUAUUUUAACAAUAAUACAUAUAGCCUCAACCUCUUUUCCAAAA